AUGCGUGUAGCCAAAAAAGUUCUACACACAUAUCACGCUAGAGUAGUUGCAACUAAUGGGAUUAUUGCAGUGAAUGAACCUUCAAGUGAAGAAAAUUAUCUUGGCCAAUUCCCAGUCAGUUUUGGGGCUAUUGCUCCUUUUAUGGCUGACCUGGACACAACAGAUGGACGCGGACAUGUGUAUUACAGAGAAGAUUCAUCCCCAGAUGUCUUGCUGCUUGCAUCAGACUACAUCAAAAGAGGUUUUCCUGAGAGUACUUUUGAUCCCAGCAGUGCUGUCAUUGUUACCUGGAAGCUUGUGGCUCCUUAUCAGGCACCAGGAGAAGAUCACGGAAAGAGAAACACAUUCCAGGCUGUUUUGGCUUCUUCUGACUCCAGUUCCUAUGCUAUUUUCCUUUACCCAGAAGACAGUUUACAGUUCUAUAGUACAUACUCCAAGAAUGAUGAUGGAUGGAUUCCUGCUAUGGUUGGCUUUAGUCAAGCCUCUACAAACUACUACUUCUGGGAAAAGCCAGGAUCCUACAAUGUCAUUGCUAAUGAUGAAGACAGCAUUACAAACCUGCACAAAAGCAGCAACGCUGGGAAACAAGGUGUAUGGGUGUUUGAGAUCGGUAGCACAUCUGACAGUAUUGUGCCUGCCAAGAUCAGCAACGUUUUGGAGAGCCUAGAGUCCAAUGAACAAAACCAGGAGAUGACUUCAAAACCAUUUAUGUCAGAUUAUGGCUCCACUGAAAUAAGACAGCAGUAUGUCACCAGUAGUACAGACAGCACAGAAGAGGAUCAGCACCCUGUUACUUAUAGCAGUCCUCAGCUGGAUGCAGGAGACAUUUUGACUUCAUAUCAAGAUCUAACAGGAACACCUUCAACUGAGUCUUUUUACAGUCACAAGUUCCCUACAGCAAAAACAGUAUCUCACCAGUUCCAGGUCCAGCAGUUCCCCCCACAGCAACCCCAAGUCAUAGACGUGGAAGAAUUUGAUGAAACUGGUAUAGUGUUUCGCUACCAGACAGAUGUCCAACAGACCUGUGCUAACAACCGGCACCAGUGCUCCAUUCAUGCCCUCUGCCAAGAUUAUCCCAACGGAUUUUGUUGCAGUUGCAUUGCUGGUUACAAAGGAAAUGGCAGACAGUGUGUAGCAGAAGGUUCUCCUCAGAGAGUCAACGGGAAGGUCAAAGGAAGAAUCUUUGUGGGGAAUAACCCUGUUCCAGUUAUAUUUGAGAACACUGAUCUCCACUCCUAUGUUGUGAUGAACCAAGGACGUGCCUACACUGCUAUCAGUACAAUCCCCGAGACUUUGGGGUAUUCUUUACUGCCCCUUGCCUCUAUUGGAGGUAUCAUAGGAUGGAUGUUCGCUGUGGAACAGCAAGGAUAUAAAAAUGGAUUCAGUGUUACCGGUGGCGAGUUUACACGACAAACCGAAGUAACUUUCCUUGGCAACAAUGAGAAGCUGGUUAUAAAGCAGAAAUUCAGUGGAAUUGAUGAGCAUGGUCACCUUACCAUCAGCACAGAAAUGGAAGGCAGAAUACCUGAGAUCCCAUCUGGCUCAUCAGUCCAAAUAGAACCAUACACUGAACUCUAUCACACUUCUAGUUCUGUGAUCACGUCGUCGUCCACCAGGGAGUACACGGUGACGGAGCCCGAGCGGGACGGGGCUGCGUCCACCUACACGGGCGCCUAUCAGUGGCGACAGACCAUCUCCUUUGAUGAAUGCAUUCAUGAUGACUCUCACCACGCUGCCUCUGCUACUCAGCAGCUCUCAGUGGACAGCGUCUUUGUCCUCUAUAACCGAGACGAGCAGAUUCUGCGCUACGCUAUGAGUAAUUCCAUCGGCCCCAUCAGUGAUGGUUCCGCUGAUAUUAACCGGAAUCCUUGCUACACUGGAACUCAUAACUGUGACACCAAUGCAGUGUGUCGUCCAGGAACUGGAAAUCGUUUCUUCUGCGAGUGCUCCAUUGGCUUCCGUGGAGAUGGAAAUGUUUGUUAUGAUGUUGAUGAAUGUUCGGAGCAAGCAGCUCUCUGUGGCAGCAAUGCGGUCUGCAAUAACCAGCCAGGAACCUACCGCUGCGAGUGUGUUGAAGGAUACCAGUUUGCAGCAGAUGGGAGGACUUGUGUUGCUGUUGAAUAUGUCGUGAACCAUUGCCAGACAGGCACACACAAUUGUGACAUUCCCCAGCGUGCUCAGUGUGUGUACACCGGUGGGUCUGCCUACAUCUGCACGUGCCUCCCUGGCUUCUCCGGAGACGGGCGUGCCUGUGAGGAUGUAGAUGAAUGUCAACAGGGCCACUGUCAUCCAGAUGCUUUCUGCUACAACACUCCUGGGUCCUUCAGCUGCCAGUGUAAGGCAGGUUAUCGUGGGGAUGGUUUCCGGUGUGUGUUAGGAGAAUUGGAAAAGACCAAAUGCCAACAUGAACGAGAAGUAGCUCUGGGAAGUGGAGGCACUUUCUUCCCAAGGGACAUAAGGCUUGGUCACUUCAUUCCUCAGUGUGAUGAGCAUGGAAAUUACCUACCCACUCAGUGCCAUUCUAGCAGUGGAUAUUGUUGGUGUGUGGAUAGGGAUGGAAAUGAGAUUGAUGGCACCAGAAGCGGCCCAGGAGUUCAACCACCAUGUCUGAGCACAGCUGCUCCUCCUGUUGUUGUUGGGCCCUCUGUUCGACCAGAUACAGUACCUCUGCCACCAGGAACACACUUGCUCUUUGCUCAAAGUGGUAAAAUUGAACAUGUUCCACUAGAGGGAAACAAUAUGAAGAAAAACGGUGCAAAAGCACUCUUGCAUAUUCCAGAUAAAGUUGUUAUUGGAGUUGCUUACGAUUGCGUGGACAAGAUGGUUUAUUGGACAGACAUCAGCGGCCCUUCGAUCAGCAGGGCGAGCCUGCAUGGUGGGGAGCCAAUAACCAUCAUCAAAACAGACUUGGGAAGCCCUGAAGGGAUUGCUGUAGAUCACCUAGGUCGUAACAUCUUCUGGACUGACUCUCAGCUGGACAGAAUAGAAGUGGCUAGGCUGGAUGGGCGGCAGCGGCGCAUCCUUUUUGACACUGGCCUGGUGAACCCCAGAGCAAUUGUUGUGGAUCCUAUAAGAGGAAACUUGUACUGGACUGACUGGAACAGAGAAGCUCCUAAAAUUGAAACCUCAUACAUGGAUGGCACAAACAGAAGAAUCCUUAUUAAAGAUGAUCUCGGGUUACCAAAUGGGCUGACUUUUGAUCCUUAUACAUCAAUGCUGUGCUGGGUAGAUGCAGGUACCAAGAGGCUGGAAUGCAUGAACCCUAAUCACCUGGGUCGACGGAAGAUUGUUGAAGGAAUUCAGUACCCUUUUAGUGUCACAAGCUAUGGGAAGAAUUUAUACUACACAGACUGGAGAAGGGAUGCUGUUGUAGCAGUGGAUCGCACGAUUUCGGUAGAAAAGGACAACUUCCAGCCUCACAAGCGCUCCCGUCUCUAUGGGAUCACUACAGCCUUUGCUCAGUGCCCAGGAGGGCAUAACUACUGUACAGUGAACAAUGGUGGCUGUACUCACCUCUGCUUGGCUACCCCGGGAGGCCGUUCUUGCCGCUGUCCUGACAACACAGUUGGAGUGGAUUGUAUAGAAAGAAAAUGAACAUUAAAAUAAGCUUUAGAGCAGCAGACAACUUUUGGAAAUGUGCUGUAAACAAUUCACUCCUAUCAACACGAUCAGGCCCUAAAGAUAAGUGCUCCAUGCUGCUGACAGCAAGCC